AUGGCAUCCCAUACUUCCCGAAGAAGCCUCUCCUCUUACCUUGUUUCUCCGACAGAGCUGCAAGAAGCCCUUAAGAAGAAUCCUCCUAGCAAGAUUUCUACCGCUCCACGGACAGUAGCGCUCUGUGCAACCUGGUUCCUCCCCAACGAUGGCCGCAAUGGUCUACAAACCUUCCGCGAAAAGCGAAUUCCACAUGCACGCUUCUUCGAUCUAGAUAGUGUAAUCGACAAACGGUCUCCGUAUCCUCAUAUGCUACCCUCUGCUUCCGACUUCGCCAAGUCGAUGAGUGCGUUGGGUAUUCGGAGGGAUGAUACGGUGGUUGUUUAUGAUUCCCAAGAAUUAGGAAUCUUUAGUGCGCCGAGAGUGGGCUGGACAUUGAAGGCUUUUGGACACAAUUCUGUUCAUGUUCUGAAUAACUUUAAGCUAUGGGUGGAGGAGGGAUAUCCGACGGAAAGUGGGGAGUUUUGGGAUGUGGAUACUUGCGUUUACCAGAUUCCUGAGUUUGAUGAAACCAAGGUUGCUGAUUUCGAGGAAGUCAAAGAGAUUGCGAAGGACCAUAAUAAGGAGGGUGCCGAGGGCAUACAGAUUCUGGAUGCCAGAUCUCAAGGCCGAUGGAGUGGAAAGGACCCCGAGCCAAGGCCAGGACUUUCUUCGGGGCAUAUGCCUGGCAGUAUUUCCGUGCCGGUAUCUGACCUGCUGGAUCCCGUGAAGAAGACGAUAUUACCUGGAGAUCAACUAAAGAAGAUAUUUGAGAGCAAGGGCGUGGACCCAAAUAAGCCGAUCAUAAGCAGUUGUGGGACAGGAGUCACUGCAGCAGUCAUUGACGCAGCAUUGAGUGAAGCUGGGUAUGGAGACGAGAGCAAGCGCAGAGUAUACGAUGGCAGCUGGACGGAAUGGGCGCAACGAACUUCACCCUCGGAUGGACUGAUAAUCAAGGAAGAAUAA